UCUCCUCUCUGCUCUCUGCUCCCCCUCGCUGUGAAUGAAAGCAGAUUCUCAGGUAUGCUUUCACCCACAGUUGCUCUCUUUUGGCCGCCAGCAGCAUCCACCGAGCCAGGGGACCGGAAGCGCUGGAUGUGGGGGACAAUUUAAAGGACUUUGAAGGCAGGGAAACAUUAAAGCAUCUCUCAUUAUGGCGACUAUAGGAGACUUCGACCCUCUAAACUCCACUGUACCUGCGACCAAAAUUGAAGUCACCGUAUCCUGCAGAAACCUUUUGGACAUGGACACCUUCUCCAAGUCAGAUCCAGUGGUCGUAUUGUACGUUCAAGGUCUGGGUACAAAAGAGUGGAGAGAGUUUGGCCGAACUGAGGUGAUUGAAAACACCCUGAACCCAGACUUUGUGAGGAAGUUUGUUCUUGAUUACUUCUUUGAAGAGAAACAAAACCUUCGCUUUGAUGUGUACAAUGUGGACAUGAGGAGCUGCAAUCUGUCCAAACAUAAGGACUUUCUGGGUCAGAUAUUCUGCACUCUUGGAGAGAUCAUUGGCUCCCCCGGCGGCAGACUGGAAAGGACGCUCUCUGGGAUACCUGGGAAGAAGUGUGGCUCCAUCGUCUUCACAGCCGAAGAGCUCAGCAACUGUCGGGACAUAGCCACCAUGCAGUUCUGUGCCAACAAGCUGGAUAAAAAGGAUUUCUUCGGCAAGUCCGAUCCUUUCCUUGUCUUCUAUCGGAGCAAUGAAGAUGGAACGUUCACAAUUUGCCACAAGACUGAGGUGAUCAAGAACAAUCUGAACCCUGUCUGGCAGUCAUUCACCAUCCCUGUUCGAGCUCUUUGUAACGGUGACUAUGACAGGACAGUGAAGGUGGACGUUUAUGACUGGGACAGAGAUGGGAGUCAUGACUUCAUCGGAGAGUUUACCACCAGCUACAGGGAACUGUCCAGAGGCCAAAGCCAGUUCAAUGUCUAUGAGGUUUUGAAUCCUAAAAAAAAAGGAAAGAAGAAGAAAUAUGUCAAUUCAGGGACGGUGACUCUCCUGUCUUUUAAAGUGGAGUCGGAACACACAUUUGUCGACUACAUCAGAGGAGGGACACAACUGAAUUUCACGGUGGCAAUAGACUUCACUGCGUCCAAUGGAAAUCCUUCCCAGCCCACUUCUCUGCACUACAUGAGUCCAUACCAGAUGAAUGCGUAUGCCAUGGCCCUGAAGGCUGUGGGGGAGAUCAUUCAGGAUUACGACAGUGACAAGCUCUUCCCUGCAUACGGCUUUGGGGCUAAACUCCCUCCAGAUGGCAAGAUCUCCCAUGGCUUCCCACUGAAUUCUAACACAGAGAAUCCAAACUGUGUGGGCAUUGAAGGCGUGCUGGAGGCUUACUUCCACACCCUGCGAACCGUCCAGCUGUACGGCCCGACCAACUUCGCUCCGGUCAUUAACCAGGUGGCUCGGUGCGCCGCAGAAGUGACGGAUGGCUCGCAGUACUUUGUGUUGCUGAUGAUCACAGAUGGCGUCAUCUCAGACAUGGCUCAAACUAAAGAGGCGGUUGUCAAUGCAGCGGCGCUGCCCAUGUCUCUCAUCAUCGUGGGAGUGGGCCCUGCCGAGUUCGACGCGAUGGAGGAGCUGGAUGGGGACGAAGUCAGAGUGUCCUCCAGGGGACGAUUCGCCGAGAGAGACAUCGUCCAGUUUGUUCCUUUCCGGGACUACAUCGAUCGGUCGGGUAACCAGGUCCUGAGCAUGGCUCGGCUGGCUAAGGACGUCCUGGCAGAAAUCCCCGAUCAGCUGAUGUCUUACAUGAAGAGCCGGGGGAUUGAAGCACGACCUCCGCAGCCCGCCACCUCUGACCCCACCUCUGACCCCAACUCUGACCCCACCAGCACUGGAACUGCAAAGCAGAGCAACACUCGUCCCUGACUGAGAGCAACAAGCAGUGAAGAGCAGGAGCUAGGAGCUUGAGCAAAUGGCCGUGUGUGUGUGUGUGUGUGUGUGUGUGUGUGUGUCCACUUCUGCAUGCAUGUGUGAGUGUGUAAGAUGUGCAACUUCAGGGUUGGUUGGCAUAAACCAAAUCAGUAAACUGAGCCUAAAAGAGAGACAGCGCCUCUUUUCCGUUUUCUACAUCUGAGGUGUCAGGGUAGGAAGUCGAAACUUUUACUUUAUUUCAUUUUUUUUGUUUGUUUUUUUUCUUCAGCACCUAUAAAGUGAAACAUUCUGCCAGCGCAUCACACAGCUCAAAUAAUUCAUUUUGUUCUGUUAAAUGUCCGUCAGACUUCAGGUCUGCAGCUGCUGCUGUCUUUGGUAACUCCUGCAGAGCCUGAGACGCCUCGAUUGGUUCUAGCAGCAGAACGUUUGUCUUCGUCUGGAUCGUUUCAUCUCAGGGUACUCCAAACGUUUGACACAAGCUAAAAUCAAAGAAGCGAGGAUCGCUUAGAGAGGCGUUGUCUCGCCUGGCUGCUGGUUUAUCGCCGUUCAUAUCACACUGGUCAACAGCCAAAAAAAUGUCUUUGUGUUUUUUUUGUCAACUGUUUUAGGGUCAUUUCAAUGAGCUGAAUCCAGAAAUCACAUUGGUUUUGCUCCAUCAGGUCAAAUUUCUGAACUAUGGAGCAACAUGAGCAGCAAAAUGCAUGAUUUGUUCUCACAUCUGGAUCAGUUUGCUGAGAAUCUGGAUCAGUGAGUGAUGAGCAGGAGGAGAGACUCCAUCAGGACAGAAAAGAGACGGAGAAUUUUACACAAUGAAGACGAAAUGUUUGAUUCACAUGUUCUUACCCUUAUCAGCGUUUAUUAUUUAAUUUAAGGAAAUCCAAGUUUGUAAUAUUUAUUUAAUACACUCUGUUAGAAAACA